GGCGCAGGCGCAGAAGCCCCGCCCCGCCGCUGCCGGAUCCUGCCCGCGAGCGCUUCAGCUCCAGCUUCAGUCCCUCUGCGUUCAGGCGGUCUCUCCGUCCCUCGCUGCCGAGCCAUGAGACCUUCCGAGUGGAAGUCUCCCAGCCUGCGCCGGGUGUUUGUGGUGGGGGUUGGCAUGACCAAGUUCAUGAAGCCUGGAGUUGAGAAUUCAAGGGACUACCCUGACUUGGCAAAAGAAGCAGGUCAGAAGGCUUUAGCAGAUGCUCAGAUCCCUUAUUCAGCAGUGGAGCAUGCAUGUGUUAGCUACGUUUUUGGUGACUCUACCUCUGGGCAGAGAGCUAUCUAUCACAGUUUGGGACUGACUGGAAUUCCUAUAAUCAAUGUCAACAAUAACUGCUCUUCUGGUUCUACUGCUUUGUUUAUGGCCCGGCAGCUGAUUCGGGGAGGUUUGGCAAAUUGUGCUUUGGCUCUGGGGUUUGAGAAGAUGGAGAAGGGAUCCAUUGGAAUAAAAUUUCCAGAUAGGGCCGCUCCCACUGAUAAACAUCUUGAGGUCUUGAUCAAUAAAUAUGGUUUGUCUUCCCACCCAAUUGCUCCUCAGAUGUUUGGGUCUGCUGGAAAAGAGCACAUGGAAAAAUAUGGAACAAAAGUUGAACACUUUGCAAAAAUUGGAUGGAAAAACCAUAAACACUCAGUUAAUAACCCGUAUUCCCAGUUCCAAGAAGAAUACAGUUUAGAUGAAAUAAUGGCAUCUCGAAGUAUUUUUGAUUAUUUGACUAUCUUACAAUGUUGUCCUACUUCAGAUGGAGCUGCAGCAGUAGUUCUGGCCAGUGAAGAAUUUGUAUGCAAGCAUGGCCUGGAAUCCAAAGCUGUGGAAAUUUUGGCACAAGAGAUGGUAACUGAUUUGCCAAGCACAUUUGAAGAAAAAAGCAUUAUUAAAAUGGUUGGUUAUGAUAUGACUAAAGAAGCUGCCAGAAGAUGCUAUGAGAAGUCCGGCCUGGGACCAAAUGAUAUUCACGUAAUAGAACUUCAUGACUGCUUUUCUGCAAAUGAACUCCUUACUUAUGAAGCCCUAGGACUCUGUCCAGAAGGACAGAGUGGAGCCCUGAUUGAUAGAGGAGAUAAUACCUAUGGAGGAAAGUGGGUCAUAAAUCCUAGUGGUGGAUUACUUUCCAAGGGACACCCACUGGGAGCUACAGGUCUGGCUCAGUGUGCAGAACUCUGCUGGCAGCUGAGAGGCGAAGCCGGAAAGAGGCAAGUUCCCGGUGCGAAGGUGGCUCUGCAGCACAACUUAGGCCUGGGUGGAGCUGUUGUGGUGACCCUCUACAGGAUGGGCUUUCCGGAGGCCACCAGUUGUUUCAGAACGAAUCAAAUCGAAGCUGCUCCGACCAGCUCUGGGGGCGACGGAUUUAAGGCAAACCUCGUCUUCAAGGAGAUUGAGAAGAAGCUUGAAGAGGAAGGCGAACAGUUUGUGAAGAAAAUUGGGGGUAUUUUUGCCUUUAAGGUGAAGGACGGCCCCGGAGGUAAGGAAGCGACCUGGGUCGUGGAUGUGAAGAAUGGCAAAGGAUCAGUUCUUCCCAACUCAGAUAAGAAGGCAGAUUGCACCAUCACCAUGGCUGACUCAGACUUGCUGGCCCUAAUGACUGGUAAAAUGAAUCCUCAGUCGGCCUUCUUUCAAGGUAAAUUGAAAAUCUCUGGCAACAUGGGUCUGGCGAUGAAGCUACAGAAUCUUCAGCUUCAGCCAGGCAAAGCCAAGCUGUGAAGAACUAACUCCCUCUGGCAACUCUGGAAAAUCACGAUGAGAUAUAGAUCCAUAUAUUUCAUUGUCAGAACUUAGAUUGAAACUACACAUUGGCAAAUAAUCUGAGAUAGCUCUGUUGUUCCAUGGGUUGUUCCAGUCGUGUUUUCCUGGCCUCUGCAUGCAGAGCCUGAUAUACUACUGCUAUGCGGAAUUGCAUAUAAAUAUGCAGGACAGAGUUAAUAUGGUAAUUAUGGUUUGGGGUAAAUUUGAGUUUCAGAAUAAAAGUAGGAACAGUAAAAUCUAAAAACUGUAAACAAAAGCUCUUGUUUUACAUAAAAGUAUAUUCAAGGAUUAUCCUGUGGCAGAUAUAAUUUAGAGUUUUUCUUAGGAGAACUGGGGAAGAAGCAAUACCAGUAGCUGGCAAACAAUUAAUGUCUUGUAUUUGAUGACCUUCAUUGAUUUCUCAUUAACAGUUCUUAAACUUCUGUACUGGAAUACACAUCUUUAGAAUUUUGCAUUUUAUGCCAUCACAAAGAAACAUUUUCCCCAAAUAAAAUGAAAUAUGAUCAGAGCUUGGGGGAAACAUUUAUAGAUGAAUACAGGCCUAUUUUUAAAGUGAAAUUAUUUUUUAAAUGAUGUUCCUUCUUGAAAAAUCAGGGUAUUAGAGUUGUAAAAUGCUAUUGCUAAAAAUAAUUGAACAAAUAAAGUUUGUUUUCAGAGGCACA